CAGCGUGGCAAUCGGCGGCGCGCUGUGUCCCUCGGACACAGUGGAUCACCGGUCAACGGAAAGAGCCGAAGAUGUCGGUUUGGUCAUGUGAUCAGCUGUCAGUGUCACCUGUCAGUGUACAUCAGUGCCAGCUGUCAGUGCUUAUCAGUGCCACGUACCAGUGCCCAUCAAUGCCACAUAUCAGUGCCUACCAGUGCACAUCAAUGCCACCAAUCAGUGCCCAUCUGAGCUGCCUUUCAGUGUCACUCAUCAGUGCCAGUCAGUGCCACCUAUCAGUGCUUCCAAUCAGUGCCCCCUAUCAGUGCCAGUCAGUGCUGCCUAUCAGUGCACAUCAG